UGAAUAGUUUUUGUUGGAUGACUUUCAUAUAACUACAACGGAGGAAAUGCAAAAACUUAAAGCAAAAGCGUCAUCCUUACCAAUUUUUAAUGGUCGCAUAUCCGACUCCUCCACCUCGAGCACAUCGUCAUCUAUAGUAUUAGCGGCAAAGGCUAAGAAACGAAGCACUUUUAAUGGUUUUUUAAAACCCACCGUUUUCUCUAUAUCAUCAUCGACAAAUAAUCUUUCGCUGAGUGAAGAACAGACACUGGACUCUGCCGAAACCGAUGUGGUGGUGAUGGAAGCACCCAGUUCAGUGGCUAGCUCCGACAAGACCCAGAGAUCCAUUAGUGUUGCUGGCACCGAAUUGAGUAAUUAUGAGAAAUUAAAGGUGGUUGGACAGGGGUCAUUUGGCAUUGCUGUUUUAUAUCGUCGAAAAAGUGACAACCAUCAUAUAGUUUUUAAACAAAUAAAUUUGAGUGACUUGACUCCUUCCGAGAGAGAUUUGGCCAUGAAUGAAGUGGAUGUGUUCUCUAAACUACACCAUCCGAAUAUUAUCAGUUAUUUGGGUAGCUUUAUCAAGGAUAAUACACUCCUUAUUGAAAUGGAGUAUGCUGAUGGUGGUACAUUGGCCCAGAUUAUUGGUGAACGUGCUAUGAGAGAAUACUUCCCCGAACGUUAUAUUGUCAAUGUGUUUGAACAAAUAUCUAGUGCGAUAAAUUAUAUGCACUCUGAGAAUAUUUUACAUCGAGAUUUAAAGACCGCCAAUGUGUUUCUUAACAAAAGAGGUAUUGUAAAAAUUGGAGACUUUGGAAUAUCGAAAAUAAUGAAUACAAAAAUACAUGCUCAGACAGUAUUGGGGACACCCUAUUACUUUAGCCCAGAAAUGUGUGAGGGAAAAGAGUAUGAUCACAAAAGUGAUAUUUGGGCUUUGGGUUGCAUAUUGGGUGAAAUGUGUUGUUUGAGGAAGACAUUUGCCGCUUCAAAUCUAUCAGAGCUUGUGGGUAAAAUUAUGGGGGGUUCUUACACACCAUUGCCCAAGGGUUAUUCGUCGGCGUUGAAAAGUUUGUUAAACAAUUUACUCCAAGUGGAUCCAACAAGACGACCGAAGGCUUCAGAAAUUCUCGAAUAUUGGAUACCGUUGAUAUUUCGUAAUUUGAGUAAAAAUAGGGGUCAUUAUUACGAAGAUGAUGUGAGUUCCACAGUAAUGUCCUCAAACAGCUCAAAGUUGCUAUCACUACAUGAGGAGCCAUUGUUGGAAGAUAGUUCCCGUCGUUCUACCAUUGUCGAUUUGGCAACUGCACAAACAGAAACCAAAGAAAUAAUGAAUGCCGAAACAGUACCACCCAAUGAAACUGUAGAAACCAGAUCUGUUUUAUACCAAUUGAAAUCAUUUGGCAACAGCUUCAGCAUGACUCCCAUUCAUUUGCCACCAAAAGCUUCUAUAUUGUCGGUAGCCACAAGUGAAACUCACUUCGUUGUUGUUAAUAAUGAUGGAUCUGUAUACACUUGGGGUGAGGGUACACAUGGCCAAUUGGGUUUAAGCUCUCUGGAAGCAUGGAAGCACUAUCCUAGUCGUAUGGAAAGUGUACGUAACUAUCAUAUAAUAAGCGCUAGCGCUGGGGAAGGUUUUACAAUACUACUAACCCAAAGCGGUUCCAUAUUGUCAUGCGGAGACAACAGUAAAUAUGCUUUAGGUCACGAUGAUAACAAAACCUAUCAUAGUCCUAAGGUUGUAGAAAAAUUAGAGAACAUUAACAUAAAGGAGAUAAAAGCAGGAACAACACAUGUGCUGGCCUUAAGUGUGGAUGGUGCUGUUUUUACAUGGGGAACAAAUGUUCAGGGUGCUUUGGGCUUGGGAAAUUUACAAACACAGCAAAAAAUUCCGCAGAAAAUUUUGCUGUCUCAUAUUAAAGCCAAAGCGAAGCAAAUCUAUUGCGGUCCUGAUACUUCAGCAGUACUAUUCGAAAAUGGUGAAUUGUAUGUGUGCGGUAAUAACGAAUAUAAUAAAUUGGGAUUUGAAAAAUCGUCAAGAAUAAUGGCUUUGAAAAAAUUACAAGUUCCUCAUCGCAUUUUGGAAGCCAGUUUUUCAUCAACUCACACUAUGAUUUUGGCCGAAGGCGGAUAUGUCUUCACAAUGGGCUCAAACUCGGCCGGACAACGUGGUGUUGGUCAUUGCAAUAAUACAUUAGAGGCUAUCACAAUGGUGGAAUUUAUAAAGGACAGAUAUAUUAUGAAAUGCAAAUGCAACGAUCAAUGCUCCGUUGUUUAUUCGGACAACAAUGUGGUUACAUUUUGGGGUACUCGCAAUGGUAUACCAGAAAUGGGAGAAGGAAGUUCCACAGAUGCCCUAAGUAACAAUUUAGAUUUGGAAUUGGGCAAUAGCACAGCGGCAUUUACCAACUUCUUAGCAUCAGUUUAUAAAUCGGAAUUGGUGUUGGAGCCACAGGAUAUAGUGGCCCUAUAUUCAUCGCCCGAACAAUUGGAUAAAGGAUUCUAUGUGGUGGUAAAUGAUAUUUUUCCAUUGCCUCAUAGUGUUUUAGUUUUAGUGGAUACGACAACACCUCUUAUAGCAUCAAUUGAAGAUUUAGCGUAG